AUGUCCUCCGUCAACGAUAACGCCCCCUCGCCGCUCCCGGCCGAUGGGCUGAGCAAGCGCAAGCAAGGCUCUGCGGCUUGCGUUCACUGUCACCGACGCAAGGUGCGCUGUGAUGCUCGCUCCGUCGGCACACCCUGUACAAACUGUCGCGCUUCUGGAAAGACCGACUGCCGUAUACAUGAAAAGAAGAAGCGUCUUGCAGUGCGCUCUAUCCUCGACCCCGUUCCUAUCCGAUCUCGGCCUCUACCAUUGACCGACCAAACCUCGAAUCCUUCUAUCGCCGCGGGAACACCCGUACCGCCAAGCUUUCCAACUGCGUUCCCCAACGGCCAUGGCGCACCUACGUCCGGGGGCCUUCCACAACAUGGCUUUGCACAAGGCACGGGACCAGAGGGCUAUGGCCGCCAAGGCCCUGAUCUGGCGCAUGCCCAGGAAGCCCAUAGCGAGAUGCAGCAACAUCUUGUUAAAUUGAUCGAUGAAGAGGAGUCUGGAAGACGGGAGAUCCAACGGGGCGUGCGAGCGUUCUACGUUGGACACGAGCUCUCAAAUAUGUCGUUCCUGAUCCGGCAGCAACGAGAUCAGGAUGACGAUGUCUAUCAUUUUGCCAGCAACGAAAUUCCACGGCGCCAAAUCAAGACGGGCCAUGACCAGCUUCUCAUGGACGCUCUCACACUUCCGGAGCCGCCUCUAGCAGAUGAGCUAGUGCAGGCUUAUUUUACCUAUGUCAAUCCGGGCUACCCCAUCAUUGACGAGGAUUUAUUCAUGACGCAAUAUCGAAAUCGCGACCCCGCAGAUCCACCGCCCAUAUUGCUUCUUCAGGCGAUCUUGCUGGUUGGAGCCCACGUUUCCCGUGGCAAAGUAGAGCGCGACGCCCUUAAGGAGAUUUUCUUCCGCCGUACCAAGUAUCUGUUUGAUAAUCGCAUUGAGCGAAAUCGCGACAUUCUUGUUCAAGCUGCACUUCUCCUAACAUGGCAUUCUGAUAGCGCGGAUGACGAUGUCGCUGCAGAUGCUCAUUUCUGGGUUGGUGCAGCGGCACGGAUUGCCACAGGACUUGGCAUGCACCGAAAUCCCGUGUCUAGCAGCUUUGUGACUCGUGAUAGGCGAAUGUGGAGAAGAGUAUGGUUCAUUCUGGUCCAGUUCGACGUGAUGGUAUCAUUGUCAUACGGUCGACCGCAGGCAAUCAACCUGGAUGAUUCUGAUGUGUCCCCGUUAACGCCUGCGGAUUUCGAGAAUUGUGGCCCCCAUGUGCAAGCAGAAUACGUGAUUCACUUCACCGAAUUGUGCACAAUGAUAUCGUACCUCAUCCGCGACCGAUUUGGUCUUCGGACCACAGAAGAGCGUCGAAAGGCUGUUCUUCAAGAAGCCGAUGGAUCUCUGGCAACCUGGUCCUUAAAACUUCCCGAUAACCUUCGAUUGAGAGCGUCUGAUAUGGAUCCUUGGUCCGCCAUGCUCCACUUGACCUACAAUAAUUUCCUCAUUCUCUUGCAUCGACCACAUCCCAGAGCUUCGGCUUAUUCAGAUGACUAUGGUCCUCACGAUGCAGAAAUUUGCAGUGCAGCAGCCGGUGUCAUUGCUUCCAUCUUUGAAGAGCUCAGGAUGAAUGAUCGCUUGAAGUUCCUCUGGUACACUGGAGUCCAUACGCUCUUCACCGCCAUGAUCCAAGUUCGGGUAGAACUUCGGUUCUCAAAUCCUGUCCUUGCCAUCAAUGCUUUACGAAGGUUCGACUCAGCCUCUUAUUCGCUGCGCGAGUUGGCUCAGUACUGGGUUCAUGCUGGUACAAUCUUGCGACUCUUUGAGGACUCCAAACGUCUACAAGAGGAUCUUAGGAUGGCAACUACGGAGCGGCCCAAACCCUUCGGCGACGCUCAUUCACACAAAAUGCCCGUUGCAUCGCCCGUUCCUUCAAUCACCAUGCACACCCCUCGACCUCUCUCUUUCGGUGUGCCCACACCCGAGUCCACCACAUCUCUUCAUUCCUCCCUGCACCAGAACACGCUCUCGCCACAGCCCAAUCCUUCGCAGUUCACCAAUUGGAUUGCUCCUCUCCGGCUCAACGUCGGUCCCAUGGAAAGAAACGAUCCCUAUUCAAGCAGUAUGCAGGUGGAUUCUAUAGAACCAGCAAGAGACUAUCCAGACUGGCGCCAACUGUUCUCCUUUGGAGAUGUAGACCUACCUCCUCCUGUGGGAGUUGAAGGUCUGCCCGAACUUGAAGACGAGUGGCGUCAGAUUUACUGGCAGGAUGCUCCGAUGGCAGAUCUCAUUCAUGAUGGAGGAUGGGGCCAUGGAUAG